GCCCGGACCAGGCUGCCCAGAUGCGGGUGCCACUCUGCCUGUUGCUGCUCGUCGCCCACGCCGCGGACAUGCUCCCCCUGAACCGAAGGAAAAAGCAAGUGGGCACUGGUCUGGGGAGCAACUGCACAGGCUGUGUCAUCUGCUCAGAGGAAAAUGGCUGCUCCACCUGCCAGCAGAAGCUCUUCCUGUUCAUCCGCCGAGAAGGUAUCCGUCAGUACGGCAAGUGUGUGCAUGACUGUCCCCCCGGCUAUUUCGGCGUCCGCGGCCAGGAGGUCAACAGGUGCAAAAAAUGUGGGGCUACGUGUGAGAGCUGCUUCAGCCAGGACUUCUGCAUCCAGUGCAAGAGGCGGUUUUACCUGUACAAGGGAAAGUGUCUGCCCACCUGUCCACUGGGCACUGCAGCCCAGCAGAGCACACAGGAGUGCCAGGAGGAGUGUGAGCUGGGCCCCUGGGGCAGCUGGAGCCCCUGCACAUAUAACGGGAAGACCUGCGGCUUGGCCUGGGGCCUGGAGACUCGGGUACGAGAGGCCGGCCGGGCUGGGCAGGAGGAAGGAGCAACCUGCCAGGUGCUGUCUGAGUCAAGGAAAUGUCCCAUCCAGAGGCCCUGCCCAGGAGAGAGAAACCCCAGCCAGAAGAAGGGCCGGAGAGACCGGCGCCCGCGCAAGGACAGAAAGCUGGACCGAAAGCUGGACAUGAGGCCCAGCAGGCCACAGGCCUGAGGAGCCCGGGGCGGGCCUGCAGCCAUGACCACCCUCUCCCAAGCCGAUUUGCUUCCUUCCUCGUCCCUUCGCAUUCUUGCUGCCGCUGCUGCUUUUUUUUC